GGUUGGCCCCAAUUGCCCACCCGGCUCUGAGCGAUGAGCGAGCAGGAUGACGACAAGUCAGGACUGAGGCUGGAGGCUGCGAUCCAGAAACUGGAGGACACGGUUCUUAACCCAGAGGCCAGCAAGGAGGACAAGACUCUGACUGUGCGCGGAGAGGGGGACCGAGCUGCUCCCACACCAGUCCCAGCCAGGAUCCGGCAGAUCAUCACACAGAGCCUGGCAGAAGAAUCAUCCCAAGCUGCAUGGGAGACAACCUCAUUGGCCAACAUGCAAGAAGAAAACCGACUGCUGCAGAGGGAGCUCUCCCGCCUUGAAGACCUGCUGGCGCAUACACGGGCAGAGAGGGAUGAGCUGGCAAGCAAGCACCAUGCUGUCAGUGAACGGCUGGAGAGGGCACUGCACGUGGAAGCAGCCCAGCGUGAGGGGGAUGGCAGCCCCGCACUUGCAGAGCUGAGGCGGAAAUUUGAGAAUGAUGAGAAGGCCUACAGGCGCAAGCUGCAGGCCUACCAGGACGGGCAGCAGCGCCAGGCCCAGCUGGUCCAGAAGCUGCAAAACAAGGUUCUUCAGUACAAGAAAAGAUGCGGGGACCUACAGCAGCAGCUGCUGGAGAAAACAUCUGAAUCUGAGCAUCAAAAACAUCUGACACGGCUGGAGUCUACAACAUCCCUCCUGUGCCACUCAGAGCAUGACUAUAGCACCGACUUGGAGAGCACCCUGACCCGCCUGGAGGAAGAGCAGCAGAGGAGCACCAGCCUCUCCCAGCUGAACACCUUGCUGCGGGAACAGCUGGACCAGAUGAAAUCCUCCAACCAGCGGCUGGCAGGAGAGCUGGAGAGGGCGAUGGCAGAUGUGCACUGGCUGAAAGGCGAGCUGGAGCGGAAGGAGUCCCAGUGGUGCCACAGCAGAGAGAGCUACGGCACAUACCUGAGCCAUGAGCACAGCGGAAUCCUCCUACUCUGGCGCCAGGCAGCCACAUUGCGCAGCAAUUUUGCAGAGCUGCAGACGACGGCAGAGAGAGGCCUGACUGAGGCCAAGAUGGACAUGGCAAGGACUGCACGCCGCCUCCAGACUGCCUGCCUGAACCUGGACUCAAAUCUGCGCCUGUCUGAGAACAGUGCUGCCUGCUCACUGGAGAAACAGGCAUUGCAGGGGGCACGGCUGGAGCAGCAGCUCCGGGAGAAGGUCCGGGAGAUGAUCCAGCUCCAGAGCCGCUGGGAUGGAGAAAAAGUAGAGCUGAACUCCAGGAUAACAGAGCUGAGUGUUUUGGCAGAGGAACUUAAAGACAAGAAUGCAAAGAAAGAGAAGACCAUCUCUGCCCUAAAAUUGGAUAUUCAGAAACUGGAAGCUGCUAAAACUGGAGACCUGCUGGAGGUGAAGGACCUGAAAGGCGAAAGUGAAUCGCUUCAACGAAUCUUGAACAGCAUCACUCAGCUGGCUCUGGCUGAUGCAGAGAGUGCAGGACCCCUCUCACCGGGCAGCUUAAGGGUAAUGGUCGAAGAAGACCUUGGCAGACCACGCUCCCCUUUGCACUCCAGCUCCCCACAUCGCCGGCGGGUAUCGCCAUCCCAUGUGUCCUCCCCAUUGCGCCAGGACACAGUCCUGCAGGCCGUGCAGGGUGCCCUUCAGAAGCGGCAGCAGCGUGAGCAGGAGCUGCGUUUACAGCUGGAGUCUGCCCGGGACAUGCUAGGGGCUGUCAGGAAGCAGCUGUUCGACUGCCAACAAGAGGCACAGGUGGCAGAGCAACGACUGCAGGAGCAGAGGCAGGAGCAGGAGGAGCUGACAGGAGCCCUAGAAGACUGCAGAAGGGAUCUGCAGCACUACAAAGCCUCUGCAGAGAUUCUUGGCAGGAAGAAGGAGACCUUGGAGAUGACAGUUGGAGGUCUGAGUGAGCAGGUGGACUCCUCCUGGCUGGAAGUGGAGAAGCUGAAGACAGUGAAUGUGGAACUGCAGAGGCAGCGAAACAUCAUGGAGGAGCAGAAGGAGGAUCUGGCCAAGGAACGGGAGCGAUCAAGGAAGGAACUGGAGCGAGGGCAAAGAUCUUUAGAACAGCUAGAGGAGAAGACCUCAGCCUUGAAGAAGGAAUUGGUGAUGGUAAAGGAAUCCUUGAACCAGGCCACACUGGAGAAGGAAGUGCUGGAGAGUGAAAAGGAAGGCUUAAGCAGUGCACUCUCUAAAGCAGAGACCAAUUGUGCAGAGCUGGAGCUGGCUCUCAACAAGAUGAAGUCGGAAAAUUCUGACCUGAAGGACUCACUGGGCAAGACAGCAGCCCUCAUGGAAGGUCUGGCCCAGGACAAGAUCAGCCUCAACCGCACAAUUCUGCAGCUGGAAGAAGAGAAGAGUGCACUGCUGGACUGGAGGCAGGAGCUGGAGCAGGAGCGAUCCAGUUUGCGAGAGCAGCUGGCACAGCAGGAACAGGAGAUGGCACACACAAGUGUGGCAAGGAGGGGGCUGGAGCAGAGCUUCCAGGUAGCGGAGGAGAGAUGGGCGCGGCUGGAGGACAAAGUGGCAGUGCUGCACAGGGACAAGGCCCAGCUGCGGGAGCACCUGCUGCAGGUCAGCAGCCAGAAGCAGGAUCUGGGAGAGCAGCUGGCCCAGAGCCGCCAGGAGACAGAGGCGCAGGCUAAUGCCCUGCUCCGUGCCCUUCAGGAGAAGGAGGAGCUCACCAAGGAGAAGGGCCAGCUGGCUGUGGAGCUCACGGUGCUGGAGCGCCAGAGGAAGGGCCUUCUGGAGGAGGCAGACACACUCAGAGCUGAGAAGGAUGAGCUGGAAAACAGUCUUUUUGAAAUGCAAGAGCUCGCAGCACAGCUGGAGGCCCAAAAGGAGCUGCUGGAAGUGGAGAAGCAAAGCACAACUGAAGCCAAGCAGGCUCUCCAAGUGGAGGUGGAAAAGGCACGGCAUGAGCUGGAGCUUCAGGAGACCAGGCUGAAGCAAGAUGUGGAGUCUCUAAAGCAGCAGCUGGCCCAGAUGGAGGUGGAGACCCAGCGGUCCCUUCAGAAUCAGAAGCUGGCCCAUGAGGAGAACUUGGGGCGUCUGAAGCAGGAGAAGGAGAGCCUAUGCCUGGCACUGAGGGAGGAGAAAGAGGAGGCCAUGAACCACCUGCAGCAGGAAAAGCAGAAAUUGGUAUCAAAGUAUGAGGAAGAGAAAGAGGAGCUGACUGAGGAGUUGCUGAGUUUGCAGCAGGAACGGGAUGAAAGCCUCCUUCUUCUGGAGAAUGACAAGCAGAAGGCUUUGUCCCUGAAGGAAGCGGAGAAGAAUCUCCUAUCAGAAAAACUUAGUGAGGUCCAGCGGGAGCUUGCAAACACCAAGAUGGAGAUCGACCGGGUCAAGCUGGAGGCUCUGAACCGCCAAGAGCAGGAUAAGAACACAGUAGCCAGCAUCACGAAUGAGCUGCAGACCUUCCAGACCCAGUUUGAAGAUGCAGUGGCUGCCCACCAGAAGGAGACCAAGAGCUUGAACGAGCGCAUCAAGGAGCUGGCAAAGGAAAAGGAUGCUGUGGUCAGAGAGGCAGACCAGCUUCAGACACAGCUGCAGCUGGUGGAGGAUGCCCGCAGUGGGGUGCGCCAGGAGCUGAUCGAGAUGCACCGCCAGCUGCGGGAGGGUGAGGAGGCCCGUGAGCGUCAGCGCCAGGAGAUGCUGGGCAUCCGCAGGGCCAUGGGGGACGAGACCAGGGAGAAGGAAGCACUGCAGAAAUCCAACACUGAGCUCCGGGCUGUUAUAAAGAAGACGGAAAGUGAAAGGAUUAGCUUUAAGAGAGCCAAAGAGGAGAAGGAGCAGAAGAUUGCCAUCCUGGAGGAAGCAAAGGCUUCGUCUCAGCAAGAGGUGGGAGAGCUGAGAGCAAACCUGUGCGAGGUGGAGAAGGCACGGAUGGUGGCCUGGCGGGAGCUGCAGGAACUGCGCAGGCAGGUGAAGACUCUGGGGAGUGAGAAUAGCAAGAAGAGCAAAGAGGUGAGCGAACUGCAGGCCCGGAUCCUGCAGGAGGAGCAGCGUGAACAGCUGAGCCGCUGGGAGACCCUGGAGCUGAAGCAGAGGAUCACAGAGCUGGAGACCAGCCAGGACCACGCACGCAAGGAGGUGCUGAGCCUGCAGAGGAAACUGACUGAGGUGGAAGCAGAAACCAGAGCCACAGAAAAGGAGCUGGUUGACAGCCUGGCGGAGAGUCACAGCAAUGAGAAGAAGCUCCGGGAUGAGCUCCACACCCUGGAGAUGAAGAUGCAGCAAGCCAGUGUGGUGGGUGAGGGCCUCCAGCUGCACCUCAGCACUGCCGAGGGGCGCCUGCAUGGCUUGGAAGCAGAGCUGGCCAAGGCAGAGGCUGCCAGAAGAGAGGCAGAGUCCAAGCUGGGGGCACUGCACUCAGCUCUACGCCGGACCCUGGGACUGGGCAGGAGGAGCCCCUCUCCACAGAGACCCUGCUCCCCUUCCAAAGCACCUGAUGGGCAAGGGACUCCCGCACCAGCUCUCCCGAGAGGCACUCCAGGCUCCCGCACCAGCUCUCCAGAGAGGAGCUGUUCGCACUCCCCCUUCAGGUGGACCUCGCCUUCCAGAGUGAGUGUGAGUGAGAUUGACCCUGAAGUUGUCCGGGACACCUUAAGAGGUUUCCUACAGGAGCUACGGGACACUCAAAGAGAAAGGGAUGACUUAAGGAUCCAGCUGAUGAACAUGAGCCAUCAGCUGAAUGAAAUAGAGAGUGACCGGGACCGGACCAGUAGUCGCAUCCUGCAACUGCAGAGGUUGCUAGCAGACUCAGAAGAAGGGAAGCGAGGCACUGACGAACGCCUGAGCAGCACACAGACAGCCCUGAUUCUGCAGGAAGAGACUGUCCGGAGGACAGAGAGGGAGAGCCAAGCCUUGGCAGAGCGGAUAGCCACUUUGGAGUGCAGCUUGCAUGCCUGUCAGGAAAAGAACAGGGAGCUUCAGGAGAAAGCUUCUGAGCUGAAAGCCAAGGAGGCCAAGCUGGAGACAGACAAGUGGAAGCUGAAGAAGGUCCUAGAGGCUGCCGAGAACAGGGCCAGCAAACUGGAGCUGAGCCGUCGCGCUGUGGAAGGGGAGCUACAGCGUGCCCAGCUCAGCCUGACAGACCGGGAUACCGAGAUCCAGUCCCUGCAGGAGCAGGUCCAGGUCCUUCGCUGCCAGCUGGGGGACAGUGAGAGCAAAGCAGCCCAGCUACAACGGGAGCUAGGUCGCCUGGACUUCUCGCGAGCCAGGACAGAGGACAUGGAGAGCCACCUCAAGGACAAGGUGCAGAGCCUUUCCCAGGCCCUGACAGAUGCCUCUGCGGGAUCCUCAGUCCUUCAAGAGAAUGUUUCUCAGCUGCAGAAGGCUCUGACAGCAGCAGAGCAGGACCGCCGGGUGCUUCAGGAACGCUUGGACUCCAUGCGGCAGGCCCUGGCAGACAGCAAAAGACAGAACCACAGCCUGACAGAUACUGUGCACAUGCUGCAGGACCAGCUGGGAGAGCUGGAACUGAGGUGCAGAGAGCUGGAUGCCCAGGUCGAGCACCUCCAGGAGAUAGUUCAUCGCCAUCAGCAGAGUGAACAGGAGGCUGCAGUAUCACUGCAGGACAUGCAGGAUGAGAAUAGCAUUCUCCAGGAGAGGCUGACAAUGUUGCAGAGAACCACAGUCCACUUAGAAAAAGAGAACAAGGAGAUGGAGCGAUCGGCGUUCCAGCUGGAGAAAGAUAACUCUGUUCUGAAGAAGACCCUAGACAAGGCAGAACACAAGAAAUUCAAGAGAGAAGAUGAUGCUGUGCGACUCAGUUCAGAGAAGGGGCAGCUGGACCAGUCUCUGAGCAGCCUGCAGCAAGAAGUGGAGGACACUCUGAGACAGAACCAGCAGUUGCAGGCCCAGAUCACAGAGCUGGAGCAGGCACAUGCCCAGCGCCUGAUGGAGCUGACUUCACGGCAUCGGCUGGAUCUGAAUCUGGAGGCAGAGAGGCUGCGCAGCACUCAGGUGCAGGCUGAACGGACACUGGAAUCCCGAGAGAGAGCACAUGUGCAGCGAGUCAAGGCCUUAGAGGAGCAGGUGAACUUGUUGAAAGAGCAGCUGGACCAAGAAGUGCGGAAGAGACAAUCCUACAUCACUCAGGUGCUCCGGACAGGGAAAUGAUUUCAAAAUAACCUUUUCGCCCUUGCCCCUACCUUGGUAUGACAGCAUGGAGAGCCAGCUUUCAACAGCAAUGCUGCAGCCUAACAGACUGGACUCAUAUGCCUCCUCCUUCUCCAGGAUACUCAACAGAGCCAUAGUCAAAAAUGCCAUAAUCCUGAGACACUGGUGCUGGGAGAAUUUUUGAGGGGAACCCACAUGGUGCUAGCGGAUGGAGCAAUCAGGACCACAGGCAUCAGAGAGCCAAAAGGAAGCUCUGGGGCAAGGACAGCUGUUCUCUCAGUGAUAACUGAAUCCCAGGGCACUGAUGCAGCUUAACCAAUUAAUUUAGGCCAUUUGGCAAUGAGGGACUGCUUUGUUGUUAGAGUUACCAAGGAGUUUAUCAUCAAGGUGCUAGGGGAUUUCUGUAGAUAUUUGUCCUAGACAUACUAAUGGCUGGUUCAUGGGUCUCUGUGCUGUCUCACACCUGUUCUUUAAAAGGCUGUGCUUCCCAAACAGUUGGGGGGCCCUCUCUCAGGACUGGUUUGGAGUGUUCCUGUUUGGUCCUCAGCCAGUACUCUCUGAGAUAUUCUUCUUUCUUAAUGGUGAAGAAUCAACAUGUCUUAUCUCCAUGGCAUCUCUCUUUGUGUCAUGCUCCAGAUGGAUUCAUGCAUCUCGAGGAACUGGCUCUUCAGUAAACAUGGGGGCAGGGGCAUAUUUCCAGUAACAUUAAUCAAAAGCACACUGUGUGCUAGCACAGCAUGCAGCCACGCCUGGGGAUUGGUAGAGCCCUCCAUUCCCUUUAUGAACCACAAGCCUUUUUCACGGUGGCAGGUGGCUGGGAUUAGCUCAAAGCCAAGUUGUCUUGUGACUCGCUGGCCCUGAGACGCGUGAAAGUGUACAAUCAAGUGUUCCACCCACUCGCACAGCCGGCAGUCUCCAAGAAAAUCCCGAUAGGAAUCAAACUGUGGUUUCCACAAUGAUAAAGGCAGCCAUCUUGGAAAUGCUUCAGACUUCACCUGUUAGCAUUAUUACACAUUUUUCCCCAUUAAUGUUUGUUGGGGAAAUAAGUAGUUAUUUUUCCCACAAUCCUUUGUUUAUUUGAACAACAUAUUUCAAAUGAUAAGAAGAGAGGAUGCGUGCGAAGGAAAUCGAUAAUGGCAUUUUCAAUUGUUUACAUUUACUUUUUUAACCAUAUUUGAUAUGUAAAAAUCAGUUUGUUUCUUUUACAUGUUACAGGGAAAUCUUUUUGUCCUUCAACCUUCCUCCCCUCAAGGCUGCCUGGGUUCAUGCAGCAAGGGCAUACAGAGCUUGAAUGUAUUCUCAAACUGCUGUAGUUCCACUGAAGUUUUAUGGCAUUUCUCCUGCCUUACACCACUGCAAAUCAGAACUAGUUCUAACCAAGACAGAGACUAGUGAGGACUCAAUCCUGUCAGAUCCUGUCCACCUUCCAUUCCUGUGGGAGUCUACAGGAGCUGAGGGUGUCUCUGCCUCUGGCAGGAGGUACAUAGAUUCUCACACAAUUGAGUUCUAAGAAAAAUGUGGCCAGAACUUCAGCUGGUGCAAAUCGACACUGAAUCAUUGGCUUCACUGAAGCAACACUGAUUUAUGCUGAAUAAGGAUCUAGCCCACUGACUUCACUGGAGCUACCCCAAUUAACACCAGCUGGAGAUCUCGCCUGCUGGAUCUGAUUUUCUUUUCUCACUGUUGUUAAUCACUCCAGUGAGGCCAAUUCUGUGACCUGGCUUAAUUGAUACUCCAGCUCUUUUUUUCCAUGCCCCAUCCAAUGUGCUGUUUACUCUUCACUGGCCUAACUCAUGGGGCACCAGGAGAGAUUGUGAGGCAUUAAACACCAUAUAUGUUGGGAUGGCAGGAAUAACAAAGCUCAUAUUCCAUCACUGGUCCAUUUCAGAACUGGACCCUUUGGACUUGGACAACCAUGUGGGCAAGGGUAUUCUCUGAGAAGGCCAGAGAAUACCCUCGCAUUGAGGGCAAUGUUGGGUCCCAGUAAGCAAAACUUUCCAUGCUGGUAUUCAUAUAAUCCUGUUGCUGUAAAUCCUAACUGAGUCCUGCUGUUGUUUUCUCCUCAGUUUCAAUCUUUACAUAAUAUGUUCCUUGGCCUAUUUUCAGUAUUAAAAAAGUACCUUGCAAUAAUUACA